AUGAAAAUUAAUACUUAAAAGAAAUAACAAAAUAACAAAACAGACAAUUCAAAUAAUUGCAAAACUUUUUAUAAUAUGUAACAACUCAAUCAAACUUUGAAUUAAUUUUAAUUCAAAUAUCCUCAAAUUAAAGAAAUUAAUGAAAACUUAAUCUACUAAAAUUCUAACUAGGUUUAUGGAAAUUAAACUGAAUAAAUUAUUAGAAAAAGUAUAUUAAAUCUAGAGAAUUCUAAAGAAUAAAAGAAUCAAUAAGCAAAAUAUAAAUAUGUCAGACGAAGAGUUAAUACAUCAUAUAUUGUUUACCCUAUUGAAAAUUAUAGAAAUCUAUCAUAUUAAAAAUAAAACGAAAAUAAACUUGAACCAAAAUUGUAAUAUCAUGUAUAAAUUCCAGAUACAAUGAAAAUACCACAUUUAUAUAAAAAAAAUGGACUUAUCAAAAGUUAAUUAAAACAAUUAUAAAAUCGUUAAUAAGAAUAAUAAGAUGAUAUAAGAAUUGCAAGUAGAAUUUCAUUUCAUACUAAACCAAAGUCUAACAUAAUAAAAAAAUCAAAUGAGAAUGGCAAUGAAUAAUUGAGAAUAACUUUAGAAGAUCAUUAAUCCUCUGAUUUAUCAUUUAUAAAUGGAUGGGAAUGA